AUGAUACCUACGAGAUUUCCCGACGUUCUUGGCGUGUGGCCAAACCCAUCUACUCUGCAAACUCUGCAAUCUACGACAAAAGGGAUGCGGAGUUGGAGUUUGGCAAGACGAGAGGCGGAAGCAUUCUUUACUCUUGCUUUCUCUAGGAGAUGUUAUUCUUCCGCGAAUUCAGCGGACGUCUAUCGGCCUCCUCACUACAGAAAACCUCGUAAAAGUAAAGAACCAGGACAUAUGCUGCAGGAGGAGUUCCCUAAUUCUGGUGAUGCCUCUGGGGCAAAUGCCCGUUUGUUCGACUAUUACAAUACUGCAAAGUUGGUUAACCAACUUCCUACUGUGAAAGAAAAGAUUGACUUUGUCAAUCCUUACGAGCGUCCUUGGACAAGAUCAGAGAAGACUUGGCGUAGGGCAUGGCACCCCUCUCUAAUGGGAACAAGGAAAGCAUGGGCAAUUCCACUUGUCCCAGCAUACUUCGACACUGUAAAGUACUACCAAUAUCUUACAAAAACUCGGCUUGUAGAAUCGUCGCUUGAUAGCUAUUAUAGUGGACUUGUUCCACCUACCACCAGUUAUGAGAAGGCUGUGCAAGAGACGCUGCGUUCACUUUUGGCCUCUGCUCGAUUUGAGUCAGAAGACCACAGAGUCUCUGCCAUUCUAGCAUCUCUGGUCGAUGAAGCUGUCCUUAGCGUAGCUCACAAUGUCCCUCGACUUGCUGAUUUUCGGGUGGCGUACAAUGUACAGAGUGAGUGCUUCUGGAUCCGCUCAGGCUUCAUGUUCCUCUACGAUGUGAAAGAGAUUGGGAGUGACAAGGUGGUCCGAAAAGUACGCAACAUCUCCAAAUACGUAGGAGAUGAUAGGCGAAAACUGGAGGAUGUUGAUGUGGACGAUGAUGUGUUAUUUGCCCCUAAGGUCAUGAGUUUGUGGCCUGAUGAGAAUCCGUUAUGGCAGUGUCCGGGUUACUUUGUUGAAUCAGAAGAAACUCAUUCGUAUGGAACAUUUGGUGCCAAGUCAUUGUCUUUGUUGGACGAUCGGUGCAGACAGUGGGACGCUCCACCUGAAGAAAGCGCAGAAAUGUGGGAAGAUUGUGCGAAGGCGCAAGCAGUAGCUUCUCUUUUCACAACGCUAUGCGCUCAGGCGCAUACUCACGGUUUCACGCAAUACACUGAUAUAACUCGUCCGUUCAAUUCGCAGUUGAUGUUAUCGAAUGGAAUCGACUUUGUAUUUGCUGUAGGACAACUUAACACAUUAGCCAUUAAUAUUGAAUGUGAUGGUUUCGACAACCCGAAAACAAACAUUUGUCACGUAGAGUCUCCUGUCCGAUUAUAUGAUGCAUAUAGAGAGGGAAGUGCUGUAAUAUUUUACUGGCCUCUUUUUCUCGUUUUGGCGACGCUGUUCUUCAAUGAGUACUUGAUUUACUUUGCAAAAAUCGGUUUGUCCUGUGAUUGGCCAUGUAAGGAGAAUUGCGGUUCUAACGAUCUUCGGAUUUUUCUUAUUUCUGAUACGCAUCUUCUAGGUGAAAGGAAUGGUCACUGGUUGGACAAACUACGUAGAGAAUGGCAAAUGUACCGAUCGUACAGGUCUGCUGUCGAUGUGCUGUUACCAGACGCUGUUUUCUUUCUAGGUGACUUGAUGGAUGAAGGCCAGUGGGGGGAUCUUAAUACUUUCAAUAGAUAUGCUGAUCGGUUCGAUUCCUUAUUUGGUUCGUCUGACAAUAAACCAGAAGUCCACGUACUUGCCGGCAAUCACGACCUGGGUUUCCAUUAUGCUAUUUCUCCUUUUCGGGUGAAGUGGUUUCGAGAACGUUUCAAAAGAAAAGUUAUUGACAUUAUUUAUAUCAGAGAACAACCUUUUGUGCUUCUCACUUCGAUGGCACUGCAUGGUGAUGGGUGCAAUUUUUGCCAUGAAGCAGAAGUUGCGCUUGAAGCUAUAAGUGAAGAAUUGACCUGUCAGAAAAGGGGCGAUUGUUUCAAAAAUGGCUCAUUUCGAUUUCAACCGUAUCGGAGACCAAUCCUUCUGCAACACUUCCCGUUGUUCAGAAUCAAUGACGACGAUUGUUUACGUGACAAAGAUUUCGACCACGACGAUCCAACACGAAACGAUCUCUAUCGUCCUACCUGGGAAGCUCUGUCUCAGGAAUCAACUCAGCUCCUCCUUCGAAAACUGGAGCCUCGUGCUGUGUUUAACGGACAUACUCAUAGAGGAUGCAAAAAGAGGUGGGCACGACCAGUGGACUUCUGGGAGUAUACGGUCAACUCCUUUUCAUGGCGCAAUGGGGAUCGGCCGACUUUUCUUUUGGCGUCAGUUUCCGAUAAACAUGUUCUUGUUAAUGUUUGUCACCUUCCGAACGAAUCAACAGUGCUGCUAUUAUAUUCAGUUGUAGCAAUAAUUGUAGAAUUCGAUACCGAUCUCCAUCAGGGUCGAGCAAGCUCAUUAAAGCCGGAAGGUGUGAUAUGGUUUGCACUGGAUCUCAAGUUUGCUUCUUCUUAUCAUUUCACUUUAAGUCUCUGUCGUAACAAUCUUCUUGAGAUGCGCCAACGCUUUUUGCUGCAAUUCGUAAUCGUUGAGGUUUUGGAACGCAUGUUGGCCUAUACAAUGAUGUGGAUGGGGGCAACCGAUGAUCAAACAGAAGAAAGGCACUGGAGCUUUCAAGAAAGGUUUCAAACCAUCGACCAUGCAACCACAGCGGACCUCUUACUGGCUGCGCUACACCCGCCAUAUUUCGUAUUAUUGCACAUUAUUUUUAUUCUCGCUGGUUCACAAGAAUCCAGCGACAUUGUACUGCUACUUAAAGGUGACGUUGAGGAGCUAAACCUGGCAGAAGGAAGAGGUAGUGAUCCUCAAGCAGACCGACAUUGA